AAAACAUUCAUGAUCUGUAUACAUCCGCACGAUACACAGGGACUUCUCUAUCUGUGGCUAAAAAAUUUGGGCGCCGAACGAAGAGGCUUUAUGAAAGGAAACACUUCAUUGUUGUUUUACCGUAGUGUUUGGUGUACAACCAUACGAAUCCUGUCAUAAAACAUUAAAGAUGUCUCUGGUGGACCUGGGAAAGAAGCUGCUGGAGGCUGCGAGAUCAGGGCAGGAUGACGAGGUGCGGAUCCUCAUGGCCAACGGUGCUCCGUUCACCACAGACUGGUUGGGGACAUCACCACUGCACCUGUCUGCUCAGUAUGGUCACUACUCCACUACUGAGGUGCUGUUGAGGGCAGGAGUGAGUCGGGACGCCAGGACUAAAGUGGACCGAACACCACUGCACAUGGCUGCCUCAGAGGGACACACCCGCAUUGUAGAGGUGCUGCUGCAGCACGGGGCAGAUGUGAAUGCUAAGGACAUGCUGAAGAUGACAGCUUUGCACUGGGCUGCAGAACAUGGACACCGCGAUGUCGUAGAGCUUCUCCUACGAUUCGGAGCAGACGUCCAUGCACAGAGCAAAUUCUGCAAGACCGCUCUGGACAUUGCCCUCGACAACAAUAACGAGGAACUGGCAGAAAUCUUGCAGGUGGCUAUGCAGAACCAGAUCAACACUAAUCCAGAGAGUCCAGAUAUGCUGACCAUCCAUACAGCUUCCCCUCAGUUCAUCAUCGGACCUGGUGGUGUGGUCAACCUGGCAGGGCUCAUCUCUCCAUCCAGUGCGACUAAAACCGCAGUGAUGGCAGCAGAAGAGGUCGUGACGGCAGAUUCGGUCGAUGGGGCCAUCCAGCAGGUUGUGAGCUCUGGUGGUCAGCAGGUCAUCACCAUAGUAACUGAUGGCAUUCAGCUAGGCAACCUGCAAACUGGUGGAGCCAUCAGCCAGCCCAUCAUUGUCACUAUGCCUGAUGGGCAACAAGUGCUAACAGUUCCAGCAACAGAUAUUGCUGAAGAGACAGUGGUGAGUGAGGAACCUUCACUGAAACGACCACGAGUAGAGCUGGAGGAAGAGGAAGAAGAAGAAGAGUGCCUUGUCACAAACACACAGGAGAUAAAGGAGAAGGUGGCAUUAUUGAAGCAGUUGGAGGAAGCGAAUAGAGAAGCACAAAAAUACCGGCAGCAGUUUUUGAAAAAGGAGCAAGAGGCUGAAGCCUACCGGCAGAAACUGGAGGCCAUUACACGGCAAGGUGGAAAGAAGACCGCAUGAAGAUGUCUGCCAGGAGUACACAUGUGCACACACACACACACACACACACACACACACACACACACACACACACACCUAACUUCAGCGACCAGGGGACAGAUGUAGCAUAUCAUCCAUGGUGGGUGUGGGUGUGUGUUUGUGAGUGAGUGAGAAGGAAGGUUUGUCACAGAUGUGGACGCAGAGUGUUCUUUAUGUCAGACCUUUCUCAGUGCUCUGUUCCUGGACCUUUCUCAGUGCUGUAUUCCUGGACCUUCUCUCUGACCCUCUGGCGAGUGAGUUCUGCUGCAUGCUCCAUGCCUAUGAACGGAUUUUGGCCCACACUGAUGUUUUAAAAACAGACUUCAACAAAUCUAUCCACACUUCCAGCAGCUAGUGUUGUGUCACUUGAACAGCGCUGACAGGAACGAUGCCCCUCCAGAAACCUAGCAAAGGAACACAUCUGCUUUUUACCAAGUAACUAUUAUUACACUGUAAUAGUUACAGUUGUGUUAAUUGCUACAUUGGUCUUCAGUCAUGAUGUUGGAUGUAUUCAGACUGAUGAGACUGAUGAUUGUGGUGAAUAUUGAUUGGGUGCUUAUGAGAUUAUGAUUUAUUCUUAAAAAGGACAUUUCUGAAAAAAAAAACAUAUCUCAGUGCUGUUUGGGUGAGAAAUCUUGGCCAAAUUUAUAAUAACUCUGGAUGUGAUUAAUGGAAUAUUAUUUUUAAUGUUCUUAAAGAUUUUCCUUCAUAUCUCAGUCACGUGAGCUCUGCUCUGUUAUGCCUUUUCCCUUGCAGCCUGCAGACCCCUGGGUAAUUGUGAAAUAGUUAGUUUAGCUAAACUGUCUUUAGCUACUUGAGCUGAACGGAGCGUAAUGCUUUUAUACUCUAACAAAUGUUACCAGGUAUGUGACAUUGGCAUUAGAUCCAGGCUCUGGUGUUGAUCCAGGUGUUAGAUCACCAGGCAGCAGAGUUGGAAGUAACUCUGCUGGGCAGCAGAUUUCUAGCAGGAAAAGCCAAAAAUAAAAUGACAUUUUUGCCUUGA